AAACAGCUGGAGCAUUCGAUAACACAAACUGCCGUUAUGUCAAACGCUGCGGCUUUGUAAAUUUUGUGAUUGUUCUAAAUAAUAAUAUAAAAAUGGAAUUGCGCAGCCAGUCCUACCACAGCUUAGUUAACAUGCUCAAAGACGCUGGUGUCUAUGAGGAAGGAAUGCAAUAUGAUGAACUUAAGCAGCUUGCGCAGGCCAUGGAAAUGUCCGCCAGGCAGCAGUUCGAGGAAAACGAGGAAUACCUGCAAUUCGAACGUGCCCGCUACGAGAGCGAGCUGGAGUUCUUAGCCUCGCAGAACAGUGAGCUGCACCAAUCGACCAUGCUGCCGUCUGGGCUGACGCCGCCUCGUUCCUCGCCGGAGCCCAUGGCUGUUGAUAUGGAAGCGGAUGUCUCACAGCCCGAUUGCAAUAGUACUUUUGAUGGGCCCAUUCAGCUGUCGGUCCGUGCCAUAGUACAUCAUGCCCUCGACUGGAGCCCAAUGAACGAGCGUCAGACCGUGAACAAACGCAGAGCAGACCCCAUCGGUUCGGAGGAGAAGCGUGUCCGUUCCGACAACAAUAACAACAACAAUCAGGCGCAGGAGCAACAGCCUGCAGCCGCCGACGGAGAUGUCACUCCCGCAUCACUGGCAUCGAUGGACUCUGGCGUCAGUUGGAAUGAGCUGAGCUCGAUAACCUCCAGCGCCGAUGAGAGCAGCUCAGUGCUAUCCAUUGGCGAAAUGCCCAGUGGCCUUAUGGUCAGCACAAGCAGCGCCGCCGUGUCCGAUGGCUCGCGCAGCAAUACCGACAGCAGCAACGAAAUCGAUUCAUAUGAAAGCCACGAAUGAGAUGCCAAUGCCACUUUAUCGUUUCUUUAAUUUAUGCCAUACUAACAUUGUGGCAGCAUAGUUUAACCAGAGACAAUUCUCAUAAAAAUAUAAAUCUUUGUAAUCCGUU